AUGGCAACGAAAGAUGGUACCUUCGAGGAUAACUUCGCUCGGCGGAUGCCCUUGGAAAUCAAGCACAUGGUCUUCAAGUGGGCAGUAAGCAACAACGGCGGCGAUGGCGCCAUCACAGACAUCGAGGUCGACCUUGCGCGUGACAACAAGCAGUCGCUCAAAUCACCAGCUCUAGAUCUUCUGGCAGCACUAGCGCAGUGUUAUCCAGCAGAUGUCUACAAAGAUGCAACAGAGUAUCUUACUACCCCGUGGUUUCGAUGGGUCUUCAUCAGCCACGAGGAGCCGCACAACUCGCUUCUUUCGGCCUUCUAUAAACAAGUUCCAUUUGACAUUCGAAAGCGCAUCAAGCAUGUCUACUUGCGAAAACUACGAGUAACAAGUCUUAUUCACCGACAAGAAUUUCCCGUAAAGUGGGGCAUGAUGCUGCCGUUACGACUGCCUAAACUCGCAGAUUACUCUGACUAUCUCCGACGUAUCGAUGGGGAGGGAUCACGAAAGAAAACUAAGGUCUGCCUGGCACUUGUCGAAGACAUCCCACAUGGCAUAGCCUUAUUGUCGCUCAUGCUACCAUCUAUCAAAAAACUCGAUGUAGGUCUCGACGUCUUUGACUAUCUGCUCGAAAUUCGGAUUGUUGCAAGUACGCUUUCUACCCUGGUCGCAGAUUUCCGUGAGGAUCCAAAUAUCUUUUCAAUAUACACCGCAUACACAGCCGCUAUCUUGCCACUCAAGGGGCUGAGAAGAAUAUCCAAAAUCAGCAUGCGAGUUGUCUGGGACAAUCACUUUGAGCAGGGGGACGACGAUGACCCAAGCAACGGAGAAAAAGAAGAGCUACAGGAACUACUGUUCAAUUUCUUGCGCAAAGAAAUUCCCGCCAAGUCCAUCACGAGCUAUGCUCAGGAAUAG